UAGCUCAAAGUCUCCCUCAUAUAAACUUGCAUUCUCAGUUAUAAACAAUUAGUUCAUAGACAGACAAAAUUCAUACAUUUCCCCGACAAGGACUUGGCCAAGUGAUCUACUGCUGCCUACUGCCAACAGAUCCCAGUGGUACACAGGACUCAGACCCAGAGGUAGUACGUGUGAGGGGGACAUAAGGGGUAGCCUACCAGGAUGGGUUCCUGGGCCAAGCUGAAGUCCACUGGCUGGGUGUUUCCCACAGCCGUUUUGUCGCUCUAUGGGUUCUUCGCCAACUGCAGACCAGCUGAGCCCUUCCUAACACCCUACCUUAUUGGACCAUACAAGAACAUCUCAGAGGAAGUGGUGACCAACUACCUGUUCCCCAUCUGGACGUACUCCUACCUGGCCGUCCUCUUCCCCGUCUUCCUGCUGACAGACUUCCUGAGGUACAAGCCGGUGAUCGUGGUCCAGGGCCUCUUCCUGGUCACCAACUAUGUCCUGCUCUGCUUCGCCCCCGGCCUGACCGCCAUGACCUUCCUGCAGUUCAACUAUGCCGUGGUGACCUCCACGGAGGUGGCCUACUUCUCCUACAUCUACAGUGUGAUCCCUCCGGAGAGGUACCAGCGGGCCACCGGCUACCUCCGCAGUGCCAUGCUGACAGGCUCCACCCUAGGGGCCACCAUAGGCCAGAUGCUGGUCUCCCUGGCAGGGCUGGACUACUUCCACCUCAAUGCUAUCUCCCUGGGGAUUCUCAGCAUUGCGUUCCUCAUCUCCAUCUGGCUACCCAUGCCCCAGCAGGGGAUGUUCUUCAGGGGGGAGAAGGCUGCCCUGUGCCUGAGCGCCAAGGGCCAGGUGGAGGAGGAGGCGAGUGCAGUGGAGGAGGCCCAGGAUGCAGAGGAGGCCGUGGAGGAUGGUGCUGGGUCGGGUAGGACCCAAGGUGCCGGGGGUAGUACUGGCUGGUGCAGCCUGCAUAAUGUGGUCUAUGCUGGCAGGCUGCUCUGGAGCAGUUUCAGAGAGUCCUACUCCUCUAGGAAGCUGGUCUACUGGUCUCUGUGGUGGGCUCUAGCCACGGCCGGCUACGGCCAGGUGUUCAACUACAUCCAGCUGAUGUGGGACCACAUAGAGCCAUCCAGCACCUCCUCUGUCUACAAUGGAGGGGUCGAGGCCAUCUGCGCAGUAGUAGGUGCAGCCGCAGCCUUCUGUGUGGGUCAUGUAAAGGUGACCUGGGAUGUCUGGGGGGAGCUGUCACUGGGGGUGUUCUCUGCGGUCGGGGCAGGGGCCGUGUUUCUGAUUGGGCUGACCAGCAACAUUUGGGCAAGCUAUGCUGGCUACGUCAUCUUCAAGGCCUCCUACAUGCUGCUGAUCACCAUCACUACAUUCCAGAUUGCAUCCAACCUUUCCAUGGCAUGCUAUGCUCUAACGUUCGGAGUCAACACUUUUGUCGCCCUCUUGCUGCAGACCAUUCUCACAGCCAUCGUUGUUGAUGAAAGUGCACUGGGGUUAGACAUUAUCACACAGUUCAUCAUCUAUGGCAGCUACUAUGCCGCAAUAUCUGUGCUUUUCCUGAUCCGAGGGAUGUACACAGCCUGUGCACACCACUGCRGCCCUAAACAGGCAAUGGACCAGGAGCAGAAAGAAGAACCCGAAGUGGAGAUGCCCUCCUCAGACCGGUUCUGUUCUGACCACAGACAGUAGUCUAUCAGAGACUGAGGGGGGCAAGGCGUCUUCAGGGGUUCACCCUAAAAUGUAAUGGCAUGGUGUUACAUACUUGUAUUUAUAAUAAAAAUAAAACAAAAUGUUGCGUAAGCAUUGUUUUGUCCAACUUCUCUUUAAGUCAUCCAAAAGAUAAGGGGUUUUCAAUUGAUAGGCAUGGCCAUGUUAAAUUUGCYCUAUCUAAUGUUUUAGUUAUUGCAUACAUUUAUUGAGCAGGUUGUUGAUUGACAGACUGAGCUCAGUGAUUACACAAACAAACCAAGGUGACUUCCGUAUGGGGACUAGAUUCAGGCUGGAUUAAGGGUAGUGUGUGAGAGCAGACUAACCUGAUCAGGUAAAGRGUUAAACCUGCUUUUUGUAUAAAGUAUAAAAAUGUGUGUGGGUGAUAAUAGUGGCUAUCGCUGUUUGUGGAUCUGUGAGGAUGGAGGCUGUGAAGCGGUGGAGGGCAGGAUYGGGCUAUCCCACCACUCUGCUGUGCAUCUAUGGGUUCUUCGAUACAGUGAAACCUCUUGUACCCUUCAUCUACCCUUACCUGACUGGUCCAAACAAAAACCUGAUGGUGGAACAGGUACAGUAGGCUUCAGGACAAACAUUUCAAUGCAUUGUAUUCAUGCUCUUAUACUAUCUUUAGAGGGGUGUAACGAUUUCCUUCAUUGUGUAUUCGUGCCUUUACAACUUCAUCAGUAAUAUAACCAUGUUAUUGACCACUUUAUUACCUACCAGCUUGAUAAAGAAAAGGAAAAUCAAGGGAGAAAAUGCUUGUAACGAACGUCGUCGGGAGAAGGAGAGGAGGACCAAAGUGC